GUAGCUUUUCAGAUUCCAAAAAAGUACAUGUCACACAAGAAAGGCAGAAACUCUUCCUAUAGGGGUAUAGCCCGAUAGCCCGCAACCUCCCCACUUUCACUCUCUCUCUCCCGCAAUGGCCAACGUCUCAGUGGCCGCGGAGUGGCAGCUCCUCUACAACCGCUACUACCGCAAGCCAGAGCUCUACGCCCUCCGCAAGCUCCGCCUCUUCAACUCCGCUGGUCAUCCCCUCGCCGACGCCGUCUGGCGCCACCCGGGCGGCCGCCUCAUCGGAAUGUCUUGGAACGAUGAUCUCACCCUCGUCUGCGUCGUUCAAGACGGUACCAUCUACCGUUACGACCUCCACGCCCAACUCGUCGAACCUAACAUCUCCAUGGGCAAGGAAUGCUUCGAGCAGAACGUUGCCGAUUGCGCUUUCUGGGGAAACGGCGUUGUCUGCAUCACUGAGCAGAAUCAGCUCUUUUGUAUUCCCGAUUUUCGGAACCCUAAGCCCGUCCCCCUCGCCGAUCCGAUGAUUGACGAGCCGCCGCGGUGCAUCGCCGUGAUCGAACCACAGUACACCAUGUCUGGAAACGUCGAGGUGCUUCUCGGAGUUGCUGACGAUCCUGUGGUGCUCGUUGUGGAGGAGGACGGCGUGCAGCGGCUCGGGGAGGGUUUGCUCCGGGGGCCGCUGCAGAAGAUGGUUGUGUCCCGUGACGGCAAGUGGCUUGCUUCGUUCACGCACGAUGGGAGGCUCUUGGUUACUACCUCGGACUUGACCGGCAUCAUCAUCGAAAGGGAGUGCGAGUCCUCUCUUCCUCCAGAGCAGAUUGCUUGGUGUGGAAUGGACGCUGUGCUGCUUUAUUGGGAUGAUAUGCUUUUAAUGAUGGGUCCCGAUGGAGAUCCGGUCCACUACCUCUAUGAUGAACCUAUAAUUCUUAUACCUGAGUGUGAUGGAGUGAGGAUAUUGUCCAACACGAGUAUGGAAUUUCUACAACGGGUUCCGGAUUCCACUGUUUCAAUCUUCACAAUUGGAAGUACAUCUCCUGCAGCUUUACUAUAUGAUGCCUUGGAUCAUUUUGAUAGACGAAGUGCAAAGGCAGAUGAAAAUUUGAGAUUGAUAAAACCAUCCCUUCCCGAGGCAGUUGAAGCAUGUGUUGAUGCUUCAGGUCAUGAAUUUGAUGUUUCACGCCAACGUACUCUAUUAAGGGCUGCUAGCUAUGGUCAAGCCUUUUGUAGUAAUUUCCAACGUGAUCGUAUCCAAGAGAUGUGUAAAAUUCUACGAGUCUUGAAUGCAGUUCACAGCCCGGAGAUCGACAUUCCUCUUAGCAUUCAGCAGUAUAAGUUGCUUUCACCAUCUGUUCUGAUUGGGCGGCUGAUUAAUGCUCACCGACAUCUGCUUGCACUGCGGAUGUCAGAAUAUCUUGGAAUGAAUCAAGAGGUGGUGAUAAUGCACUGGGCAUGUUCAAAGAUAACUGCUUCAUUGUCUAUUCCUGAUGCAACACUUCUAGAUAUUCUGCUUGAUAAGUUAAAAUUGUGCAAAGGUAUAUCGUAUGCUGCAGUAGCUGCGCAUGCUGACAAAAACGGCCGUCGAAAGUUAGCUGCUAUGCUUGUUGAUCAUGAACCACGCUCUUCUAAACAGGUUCCUCUCUUGUUAAGUAUAGGAGAAGAAGAUACGGCGUUGAUGAAGGCAACUGAGAGUGGUGAUAUAGACCUUGUUUACCUGGUCCUCUUUCAUAUUUGGCAAAAGAGGCAGUCAUUAGAGUUCUUUGGAACAAUACAGGCCAGACCAUUAGCCCGUGACUUAUUUAUAACUUAUGCACGGUGCUAUAAACAUGAAUAUUUGAAAGAUUUCUUCCUAUCAACUGGCCAACUUCAAGAUGUUGCAUUUCUUCUGUGGAAAGAAUCAUGGGAAUUUGUGAAAAAUCCCAUGGCAAGCAAGGGAUCUCCACUUCAUGGUCCACGGAUAAAACUUAUUGAAAAGGCCCAGAGUCUUUUUGCAGAAACCAAGGAACAUGUCUUUGAAUCAAAGGCUGCUGAAGAGCAUGCAAAGCUGUUAAGAAUUCAGCAUGAACUUGAAGUGACUACAAAGCAGGCCAUUUUUGUAGAUUCAAGUAUAAGUGAUACAAUCCGAACUUGUAUUGUCUUGGGAAAUCAUCGAGCUGCAAUGAGGGUGAAAACAGAAUUUAAGGUGUCUGAGAAGAGAUGGUAUUGGCUGAAAGUUUUUGCUUUGGCUACAAUCAAGGAUUGGGUUGCCCUAGAAAAAUUUUCAAAGGAGAAGAGACCUCCCAUUGGUUAUAGGCCAUUUGUUGAGGCAUGCAUUGAAGCAGAUGAAAAGGCAGAGGCUAUUAAAUAUAUCCCAAAACUCGCAGACCCUCGAGAAAGAGCUGAGUCCUAUGCCCGAAUUGGCUUGGUCAAGGAAGCUGCCGAUGCAGCUUCACAGGCAAAAGAUGGCGAAUUGCUCGGUCGGUUGAAACUAACAUUUGCACAAAAUGCAGCAGCGUCAUCGAUAUUUGAUACUCUCCGCGAUCGGUUGUCCUUCCCAGGUGCUUCGUGAGGCCUUGUCCCCUGGGUUGUUGCUUACGUGAGUGUUUCCGUACACUAAUUGCCCUUGUUUAUUUGAUUUUAUUUUUUUAUAUUUAUCGUGUAUAUUGUCUUAAAAAUUGUAUCUUAUCUGUUAAUAGUUGAGAGUAAUGUGUUCAAAUGGUUUCUGCUUUUUAUUUUUUAUUUUUUAUUUUUUCAACUUUGUUUUUAGAUGUCAAGGUGCCAUUUGCGGUGUGCAUGUGUGUAUUAUAUUGCGGGAUUUAUCGUCAAUGUACUUGUGUCAUACAGUGUCUGAUGAGUAGUGAGUAGUGAGUACUGAGUAGUGACCAGAGAUAAGUGUGUGGACCAUUGCAAAGACGCCGUUAGGUAUUAUAUUUUGUCCUAAUAAUGACCACAUGUCCUGUUCAAUUAUCAGCAUAUUGGUCAAUGGAAAUUCUUUUGUAAACC